CCUCGCUUGUACAGAGCGCGCGAACGCACCCACGUCUCUCAGCUGGCUGCCCAGUUAGCUUAGCCUAGCCAGGCUAGCCUAGCCUAGCCUAGCCUAGCCUAGCCUGGCUCAGACGGUCCCUUAAACAACAGCGGGGCUGGGCGACACAAGGCUGGCGCACCUGACACAGAGCUGCCGGCUUCCACAUUUCACUGGUCCCCACACGCUUCUCCCUGGUCUAGCUGCUGCUUAACCCAGCUGCCAUGGCAGACAAGGAAGCAGGUGCAUUUGAUGAUGCUGUGGAGGAGAGGGUGAUCAAUGAGGAGUAUAAGAUCUGGAAGAAAAACACUCCCUUCCUGUAUGACUUGGUUAUGACCCAUGCUUUAGAGUGGCCCAGCCUCACAGCUCAGUGGCUGCCUGACGUCUCUCGACCAGAAGGGAAGGAUUACAGUGUGCACCGGCUUGUGUUGGGCACUCACACAUCUGACGAGCAGAAUCACCUUGUUAUUGCCAGCGUCCAGCUGCCAAAUGACGAUGCCCAGUUUGAUGCUUCUCAUUACGACAGUGAAAAAGGAGAGUUUGGAGGCUUUGGCUCAGUGAGUGGCAAAAUUGAGAUAGAGAUCAAGAUCAACCAUGAGGGAGAGGUGAAUCGUGCCCGCUACAUGCCCCAGAACCCCUGCAUCAUCGCCACAAAGACCCCGACCUCAGACGUGCUGGUCUUUGACUACACCAAGCACCCCUCCAAGCCUGACCCAUCUAGCGAGUGUCGACCUGACCUUCGUCUUAGAGGCCAUCAGAAAGAAGGUUAUGGUCUCUCCUGGAAUCCAAAUCUCUCCGGCUGCCUGCUAAGUGCCUCUGAUGACCAUACAAUCUGUCUGUGGGACAUUAGCGCUGUGCCAAAGGAGGGGAAGAUAGUGGAUGCUAAGACUAUUUUCACUGGUCACACUGCUGUGGUGGAAGACGUCUCCUGGCACCUGCUCCACGAGUCUCUCUUCGGCUCCGUAGCAGACGACCAGAAACUCAUGAUCUGGGACACUCGCUCUAACAACACAUCCAAGCCCAGCCAUGCAGUGGAUGCCCACACAGCAGAGGUCAACUGUCUGUCCUUCAACCCGUACAGUGAGUUCAUCCUCGCCACAGGCUCAGCAGACAAGACUGUGGCCCUUUGGGACCUGAGAAACCUGAAACUAAAGCUGCACUCAUUUGAGUCACACAAGGACGAGAUCUUCCAAGUCCAGUGGUCACCCCAUAAUGAGACCAUCCUGGCAUCCAGUGGAACAGAUCGACGACUCAAUGUCUGGGACCUCAGUAAAAUUGGUGAGGAGCAGUCACCGGAAGAUGCAGAGGAUGGCCCCCCUGAGCUGCUGUUCAUCCACGGCGGCCACACAGCCAAGAUCUCUGACUUCUCCUGGAACCCCAAUGAACCCUGGGUCAUCUGCUCUGUGUCUGAAGACAACAUCAUGCAAGUCUGGCAAAUGGCAGAGAACAUCUACAAUGAUGAAGAUCCUGAGGGGUCGACAGACCCAGAAGCCACAGCGUAACAUCAUUGCCUCCUGUACCUCUCACCCAACUACAACCUCAUCACUUACUGUCAAAAGGCCAUAUCAGAAGUUUCACUUCAUGACUUUUUCCCAGCUUGCUCUUCUUUACUGGUGGUGUGAAUGAAGAAUGCGGGAGAGGAGGGCAGACGAUGCAUUCAUUUUCAGCCCUGGUCUCUUUUGCAGUGUGUUUAUGAAGAACUCUCCAUCACGGGUUCAAAUAGCUAAUUUAUUGCCUGAGGAAUUUUGCCAUAUGUUUUUUGUACUGCAUUAUAAAAGGUGUAUUUUUAUAUUGAAAUUGGCUGUGCCCUCCACACUUACACACUAUUCAGUUACUUAAAGCCAGUGCUUAGUCUUAAUAAAUUGCUUUUCUAGAUUUUAAGGUGGUGAUCACACUAACAUCCCAAAACAGAAGAGACAGUAAACCAUUCCCUGUUGUUUUGUGUGAUUUUCAUAGUGUAAAAAAAUAAUCUUGCACAUCUUAGAGGUGCUCUUGAACACAACACUUUUUGAAUUAAAUGCAGUCUAGUUUGAACACUUAGUGUUUUUGCUAGAGCUCUUUAGGGUGGCAUAGUAAACAGUUGCAUGUGGUCUGGCAGGUAGCAGGUAGUCCACUUGCUAUCUUAUGGUCUAAAAUGUGCCUCAUCUCUUGAGUCUGAUCACCAUCUGAUUGUUCUGGACUCUGAUUUUCACACCAGCAAAGUUCAUGAAACAGCAUUUUUGAAAGUGUUGGUCUGUCAUGUGAGUCGUUUACAAGUGAAAUCCAAAUUUUUGACUAUCUCUAUUUUGAAACAUCAAUUUUUCAUCCAACCUCCCCUCACCAUAGCUGUCUUUGUCAUCUAAAUGUUGUCGUUGUGAUGUAGAUUAUUAUUACUAGUUGAACUUUUUUUGUGUUCAGUAUUUUUCAAUUGUACAGUGAGUGCGUUCUUAAUAAAAUGAUUUUUCCAUCA